ACUAUUCCCCGGUAAUGGAGGAGAUUCAUCUACUGAUUCGGCAUCCACUCUUUCUUUCGUUUAGCUUCCUUGCUUCUGUACCUAGUUGAGUUGUUUUCUUUUUCAUAUGUUUUCACAAAUCUUCUUAACUGGUGGCUGUCUGAACUUGUAAUCAUGUUACUACGAAGUUCGUCUGCUCCAAUUCCAGGUUCAUGGAUGCCUCAUUCCCCAGAAUCAGAAUUGAUUCACCAGCUUGCUGGAACGAGAUCAUCAGUUGCAUGUCUAAGCCAACCCUCAUCUGAACCGGACUUUCAUAGAUCAAGGUCGAAGAAGAAAAGCUGUUUACCACCUAGUAACGUUCGCAAGAAUCAAGAGAGAAACAAGAUCAGAGAAUGUGAGAAAGUAGUAGUAGAAGAAGAAGAAGAAGAACGACGACAAGAAACUUCACCUUCAGUCCGAGAACUGUUUUCAUGCUGUGGUUUGGAUGAGGUAGUGAUGGAGGUUGAUGCGAGAAAGAAAUAUAAUAUGGCUCAGAGUUUAGUGUUGGGUGGUGGGGGGAAAGGCUGUGAUGGUGGACGUGGAAAUCUGUGGGAUUAUUCUGAAGGUGGUAAUCAUGAGAGAGAUAAUACUAAUGCUUAUUAUCAGAAGAUGAUCGAAGCAAACCCUGAUGAUGCUCUUUUGCUGGGAAAUUAUGCACGCUUCUUGAAAGAGGUUUGUGGAGAUUAUCCUAAAGCAGAGGAGUAUCUGGAGAGAGCCAUUUUGGCUAAUCCAGGAGACGGUAAUAUUCUGUCACUCUAUGCAGAUCUAAUAUGGAAAACACAGAAGAAUGCUGAUCGAGCUGAAGGAUAUUUUGAUCAGGCUGUUAAAAGUGCCCCUAAUGAUUGCUGCAGCUAUGUUCUGGCUUCAUAUGCUAAAUUCCUUUGGGAUGCUGAGGAAGACGAGGAAGAUAAAGAAUCAAAGAAGAUAUCAGAUCACAGCCAUGCAUAUCCACUGGAUCCAUUCCAUGGAACUAACAACCACCCUCGUUUGCCCGCAGCCUCAUAAUCUCACUCAUCUUUGUCUCAUAUUUCAGGAAAUGAACUUGAGAGCCGGAUAAGGUAAUGCGGUCUUUAGCCCUGGGGGAAGGACAAAACUUGUGUUCAGUUUUAGAUCUUGCUAUCAAAUUUUCCACCAAAAACACAAAGAAAAUGAAGGUGUUUUACAGCUUGGUUUCACAUCUGAAAAAGAUCUUCCAUGUUUUAGUGUAUUUGAACUUGAUAGCAAACAUCUAAGGAACUUCCCAAGUCUUGUCCUUCUAAAAUGAGUCAAAGGUUGUAAAGCGCAGGGGACUGUAUCACUAUGAACUCUGUAAAUAGGUUAGACCUAAUAACAAGUAGCAGCUUUCAGUUCCUCUUUGUACUAAUCAGGUUCCCACUGAUGUAUCUUUUGAGCAUAUCAAGUUUUGGUAUGAAUAAAGAGCAGUUUAUACUUCUGUAAUCA